GUAUAAGAGUAUCUACAGGUCGUAUUGACGGUUUGGCUGCGCGUCAAUUGGGUGACUGUUCGAUAUACCCAAGUAGCUCUCGACGUUCUGGGUCUACUCGUGUUGGUUAUGGUUAUACAGCCCCUCCUGCGGCACCUUUAACAGUUAGUCCUACAUUAGCUAAUUCUGCGACUCCCUCGACAUUUAGCCCCACAACCGUGAAUGCAUCCCGGACAGUUAGGCCUGCAUUAAUGGCCUUCUCUACUAAUCCGAUUAAAAAAUUUGGAGACGGAGCACGGAUUAAGAUAACUUAUACUAGUAAGACAAUAGUUAGACCAGUCAUGGCACUUGCUCCACUUGCUCCACUUGAUCCAAAAUUAGCAGAAAUCGACACUCUUUAUAAGUUUAUCAGAUUUCAAUCUUUUGACGGAUUUUUCAAGCCAACCGCAGACUUAUCGAAAUUCUUUUCGCAGGGAAAAGACAGGAAUUUAUUCCAAAACAAAAAUCAAGAUUCCGUCUGGUCUACUUGCAUUGCUAUGGCUUAUCUUGAGAUUGUAAUGAAAAACUUUAAAGAAGAGUGGGAAUUGUGUUAUGAGAAAGCGCAGACAGCGUUAAAUGAGUUGAGUGGGUACGAUUCUGGUGCUAUCGAUAAGAUGAUCAAAAAAGCCAGGAAGUGGGUUACUGAGCGGUUUGCUGCUCCCUCGAUUUCCUCACACGUAAUUUUAUCCAGUUUCUCACUCAUCAUCAUUUUGGUUUUCUAUUUGAGUUUGAGUUUCUCCUCCUCCACUUGGGUUUCAGCAGAGAAUAUUGGUUAA